CCCCUCCCUGGAGAAUGGCUGCGGUUCACCCAGAGAGGAGAAGCCCGAGGUGGGGAGAGACGAGGACGCCAUGACCCCCCCGAGGAAAAAACGUGGAAGACGGAAACUGGAGCGGCCGACCAAAUAUGUGGAGCACAAAGAGGAGGACGGAGCAGAUUCAGUCAAGACAGAGGGCGGGCGUGGGCGGAUGAGAGGGGGCGUGGGCUGGGAGAUCAGCCUGCGUCAGAGGCCUGUGCCCAGGGUCACGUUCCAGGCCGGAGACCCCUACUACAUCAGCAAACGCACCCGAGAAGAAUGGCUCGCCAAGUGGAAGAUGGAGGCUGAGAAAAAAGCCAAACUGAUGUCAGCCAUAAACGCCAUGAAGGAGCCAGACGAGAAAGACCCAGAUCUCGACCACGACCAAGAUCCAGACCAAGACCAGGACUUGGACUUGGAACGGGACCUGUUUUUAAUCAAGCACCCACUGCCUUCAACCCGACCUCAACUACCACCACCACAGCCUCAGGAGAAGCCUUCAGAGCUGCCAAACGCGCACAGUCCGCUACAAAUACUAGACCAAGUACCGCCUAAAGUCCACACCAAGACCCAGACCAAGAACCAGACCAAGAUCCAGUCUGUACCAGAGCCCCAGUCCCCCUUAGAGCCGCCGGUGUUAGAAAAGCAGGAUAUUUCACCCCCUCAUCCUCCUCCUCCACCCUCUCCUCUUCUUCAGCAGCAGCCCACAGACCCUGCCUCUCCCACUGUCGCCACGACGCCGGAGCCAGGACCCAUGGGUGCUGAGAAGAGCUCACCCAAAUCAACAGACACAGAGCCCGAGUACGAGGAGGACGGCCGUGGGUUUGGCAUAGGGGAGCUGGUUUGGGGGAAGCUGCGUGGGUUUUCGUGGUGGCCCGGGCGCAUCGUGUCCUGGUACAUGACGGGACGCAGCCGAGCCGCCGAGGGCACCAGAUGGGUCAUGUGGUUCGGAGACAGCAAGUUCUCUGUGGUUUGUGUGGAGAAACUCAUGCCUUUAAGCUGCUUCAGUAACGCCUUUCACCAGCCCACAUACAACAAACAGCCCAUGUACAGGAAAGCCAUCUACGAAGUGCUGCAGGUGGCGAGCAGUCGUGCGGGUAAAGCCUUCAGGUCGUGUCCUGACAGUGACGAGUCUGAGGAGUCCAAGUCUGUGGAGCUGCUCAACAAACAGAUGAUCGACUGGGCCAUGAGCGGGUUCCAGCCCACGGGACCCAAGGGCCUGGAGCCUCCAGAGGAGGAGCGUAACCCAUAUAAGGAAGUGUACCAGGAGAUGUGGGUGGAGCCUGAAGCGGCCUACACUCCGCCCCCUCCCAAAAAACCCCGAAAGAGCAGCACAGAAAAACCCAAGGCCAAAGACAUCAUCGAUGAGAGGACCAGGGAGCGACUCGUUUAUGAAGUUCGACAGAAGUCCCGGAGUAUUGAAGACAUCUGUAUUUCCUGUGGAAGUUUGAACGUCUCUUUGGAGCACCCGCUGUUCUCAGGAGGGAUGUGUCAGAGCUGUAAGAACUGCUUCCUGGAGUGUGCCUACCAGUACGACGACGACGGGUACCAGUCUUACUGCACAAUCUGCUGUGGAGGGAGAGAGGUGCUCAUGUGCGGAAACAACAACUGCUGUCGGUGUUUCUGUGUGGAGUGUGUGGACCUCCUGGUGGGCUCUGGAGCUGCUCACGCUGCCAUUAAAGAGGACCCGUGGAACUGUUACAUGUGCGGGCCCCGGCCUCAGUCUGGGCUCCUGCAGCGGAGAGACGACUGGCCCUGUCGACUGCAGCACUUCUUCGCCAACAACCACGACCAGGACUUUGACCCUCCAAAGCUCUUUGCUCCUGUGAUGGUGGAGAACAGGAAGCCCAUCAGAGUGCUGUCUCUGUUUGACGGCAUCGCAACAGGCCUGCUGGUGCUGCGUGAGCUGGGCAUACAGGUGCAGAAGUACGUGGCAUCAGAGGUGUGUGAGGACUCCAUCACCGUGGGCAUCGUCAGGCACCAGGGGCAGGUCAUGUACGUGGGCGACGUGCGCACCGUCACCAGGAAACAUAUCCAGGAGUGGGGUCCGUUUGACCUGGUGAUUGGAGGAAGUCCCUGUAACGACCUGUCCAUCGUCAACCCAGCUCGAAAAGGUCUCUACGAGGGCACGGGGAGGCUCUUCUUUGAGUUUUAUCGUCUUCUUCACGAAGCUCGACCGAAGGAGGGAGAUGACAGACCGUUCUUCUGGCUCUUUGAAAACGUGGUGGCCAUGGGAGUCAGUGACAAGAGGGACAUAUCACGAUUCUUAGAGUGUAAUCCGGUGAUGAUCGAUGCGAAGGAGGUUUCUGCGGCCCACAGAGCCAGAUACUUCUGGGGAAACCUGCCUGGAAUGAACCGGCCCCUGACUGCCAUGUCCACAGACAGACUGGAUCUGCAGGACUGUUUAGAGCACGGACGCACUGCAAAGUUUGACAAAGUCCGGACGAUCACGACUCGCUCCAACUCCAUCAAACAAGGAAAAGAUCAGCACUUCCCUGUGUUCAUGAACGAGAAGGAAGACAUCCUGUGGUGCACCGAGAUGGAGAGGAUAUUUGGUUUUCCGGUGCACUACACAGACGUUUCAAACAUGAGUCGUCUGUCCCGUCAGAGGUUGCUGGGGCGAUCCUGGUCUGUCCCCGUGAUCCGGCACCUCUUCGCUCCUCUCAAAGAUUAUUUCUCCUGCGUCUGAGGUGAAAUCAUCCCAAUACUCUCAGUCUGAUCUCAGUCUGAUCUCAGUCUGAUCUUACAGAAGAACGGUGACAUUGUCCUGAAUUACAAGUCUGGGAAGUUUAAGUACAGGACAUCACUACAGUUUGUGUAUUCACUGUUGAGCUCUGGUGUGGUGUGGUUUACUUUUCAGCAACAACAAAAAGACAAAAAUUACUGUCUAUAUUACAACCAAAAUAUGUGAAAACAAAGUGAAUGGACCAUAAAAUGAACACUUUAAAGUCUAGAUAAAUGACUUAAGACUAUAGUUUGAAAGAUUACACUGCAAGUUUGGUUUAUUUUUUUAAUGGAUACCAACUUUUUCAAUAUAUGUUCCACUUCUACCUCAGAGGUGCAGUCCGUGGGCUGUGGGGGAGUGAGGUGUGUGUCUCAUUUUAAUUUAAAAUCAUGGCAAUAUUAGCAGACUUGUAAUAUGAACCAAAUAAAUCAUUUUCUAAGACUUUGUAAAAAUAAUUCUGGCGAUAUGUGAAUCACAGGCACAACAAAGCCUCUCAAGCUGCUACAUUCUACUCCUCUUACUACUGUUGUUGGUGAAAUGUCUUGCACAAGGACACAACAACACAUUUGGUUUGGUGGAUGAGCUCUCCACACACGGAACAUCUAUUCUCGCCAUUUUAGGAAAGUUAAAUUACUUUUUUUAUCUAUUUUACCUUCCAUCUAUAUUUACAAUCUGUUGCAAAAAUCUAUUGCAAAAAUAUUGAAUGAAUUUUUUUAAUGAUAGGCCUGCCCAUAAAUACUCCAAACUUUGACAUCCUUGUCCAGUCAAAGUCAACUUUUGAACAGCUUCACACUUUUAUAAUGAAAAAACUCAGAACUUAUGAUGCUGCAGUGAUCCCACCCACACCACACCACUCAAAAUGCCUUUAUUUAAAAAAUAAAGCCUUAUUUCCAAAUGUCCUGUCAAAUUUUGUCCCAAUAUUUCCACUUCCCAGACUUUUUUUUCAUCAGUGGCACCAGCCCUUCUCCAUCUUUUACAAACCACAACUUCCAAUGUUGUGUCACAGCCUUGAAACGCAGACUCCGCCUGCACCCAGGACGAGUUUGUCCGAUUUUGACGUAGUUUUUACAUUAUUACGACUUGUAUUUUGAAUUGUAAUUUUUAUUCUAUUUAAUUUUGUUUUGUCAUUUUACCUUUUAGCAGUGUUAUACAAGGAUUGUUGAUUUUUUAUUAUUGGUGCGAGAUACAUUUGGGAGACUAUGCUUUCUUCUCCAGACACUGAAUCUGAAGGUGCUAUUUCCAUGUACUGUUCAUACUCCGCUGGAAAAAUAUAGGAAUUCUGAAUUGGGACAAGGGUGGUUCAAAAUACACACUUGAAUUCAAGUUCUUGACAGACAUUGUGAAACUUUUUAUAUAUUUUGAUCCCAAUAAUUUGCUAAGAUUAUGGAUGAUUUGUUUCAUCAGAUUUAGAAUUUUAAAUGCUGUUUUUCACUUUGAUUUUUUAAACUCUGAAAAAACAUGUUUGAAUUAUUUUUAUUCUGAACUUUAGUCGGUGAAAUUUGAAAGUGUGAAAGUGUGAAAGUGUUUAAAAUUCAGAAUAAAAAUGUCCCGUUUUAAAUAUUAGUACAAAUAUUUUCAAGCCCUCAAAUUCAAGUCAAAACUCAGAGUGUAAAAUUUGUAGUGAAAAAAUUUGCAGGAAAGGUCCAAGAUUAAAGUGACGUUUUUAUUUAGAAUUUUAAACAAUUUGAAAAUGUACACUUAAAAUUUCAGCAACUAAAAUUCAGAAUAAAAAUAAUUCAAACAUCUUUAUUUAGAGUUUAAAAAUUCAAAGUGAGAAACUCAGUUUAAUUUAAAAUUGUAAAUCUAAUGGAACAAUGAUCUUCCAUAAGGACUGUUGUUUUAGACGGAGGGCAGGCUCUGAUUUUAGAGAACAACUGAAACAUAUUUUUAAAUACAUAUAUGGACAGAAAAUUCACAAUUCAGGGUUGUCAAAAAUAUAAAAAAUCAGAUACUAAUCCAAACUGAAACUAAUAUUGAGACUAGAUACUCAUUUAUCGCAGGUAUCGAUACGAAAAAAAAAAAAAAAAAAAUCACAUCUCAUUUCAUAUUGUCAAUAUAAAACUUUUGUAAACCAAAAAUGAAGUAAGUAAGAGUAAAGUUACUUCAAUAAAAAUCUGAUAGAACCAAGAUUCCAACUGUACAAUCCACAGGUCCCUAAGUUCUACUUGUGCAGUAAAAAUAGUAUUGAUAUCUCCCCAAGUAAAAGUACGCUGCCAGAAAAGUACACUAUAAAGUACAAUUUGUAAAAAGUUAAAAGUUACUUGAGUAAAUGUAACUACUGCACUUGUUUUCUCUUCCUACUGUGAGUAAGAGUACUGUUACUUCAAUAAAAAUAUGACUCAAGUAGUAAGUAAAAGUAAAAGUACACUGCAAGAAAAUUACCCUUAAAGGUGUGUAGUACUCAGUUGUGUUUACUUAAGUAACUUUUUACUUUUUUAGAAUCAGUACUUUUAAUAAAGAAAAUGUUUGAUUUGAGUAAAUUUCACUUAAAACACUGUAACUUUUCCGCUAGAGGACUCACAGGGACUCGUCUAAAUGCAGAUGCUUUACUCCAACAUCCCCUAGUGUGGCUUUAAACUUUUCAGUCUCCAUGGAAACAAGCAUGAGACGCCACCUGGGCUCUUUACAGGUGAGGUCUGUGAAGAGGCGACCCCACUCAGUCAGAAUGUGAGUUUUUAAGUAAUUUUUUAUCAAUAAAAACACCCAUGACUGAAUAAAUGCAUUAAUACCAAUCCGCUGCUUUAUUCUACAGUUUAUUCUCAUACAAAACCUGAACCACAGCCUGUUUUUUUAUUAUCACUGUGGAUUCAGAAACAGUAUUGAGUUUGAAGUCUAUUCUUUAGUAUCGAAAUCAGAUUUGAAACAUUAUCAUGAUGCCACAAGCCUCUGCCCUCCAUCGAAAAUUAUAAGAAAAGCAAAUGAUAGAAGAUGAACACAACUACUCCAGAAGUUUCACAGUGUCUGGAUCUGUUUGUCGAGAAGAGAAGGCCCAUAGAAAGUGUCUGUAGUCGUCAGCGUCUCUGAUCCAAACACAUCACAUACCUCUGUUUUACUGUUUCUACACACGUGAAUAUGGUACUACUGUAAUGAAACAUGGUGCUCUGUGGACCGAGGGAAACUGCACUUCUCAUGUGGCUCAAGUCAAGACAAUAUCCCCAUUUACACCGAGUCACAGACGCACUUCACUUUGGUCUAAGACUCUUCAAAUAUCACUGUUUAUGCUCUGGAGCCAUCAUUUCAAAUGACAAAUACAAGAGGCGUUAAACCAGACCAACUAGGUCUAUCCCAGAACCAAACAAGAACUAAAUCCAGACUAAACCAGGUCUAAACCAGGACUAAACUAGGACUAAACCAGGACUAAACUAGGACUAAACCAGGACUAAACCAGGUCUAAACCAGGACUAAACUAGGACUAAACCAGGACUAAACUAGGACUAAACCAGGACUAAACUAGGACUAAACCAGGUAUAAACCAGGACUAAACCAGGUCUAUCUCAGAACCAAACAAGAACUAACCCCAGAUUAAACUAGGACUAAACCAGGACUAAACUAAACCAGGACUAAACCAGGUCUAUCUCAGAACCAAACAAGAACUAACCCCAGACUAAACUAGGUCUACACCAGGACUAAACCAGGUCUCAGCUGCUUCAUACAGAUUCCAACCACUGCUGACCAGACACACUGCACAAGAGCUGCAAUAAACUAGGACUAAGUCAAGACUAAACCAGGACUAAGUCAAAACUAAACCAGGACUAACUCAAGACUAAACCAGGUCUAAGACAGGUCUCAGAUAGAUCACAACAAUCACAUAAGAGCUGUAUGAAACCAGGAGGACUAAUACAGAACUAAACCAGGACUAAACCAAGACUAAACCAGCUCUGAUAUUGACAGUUUUGGUGGAUUGGAAAUCGGCUUCUGAGAUGUCGAUUCAGCCGAUAUCCUGUUUUGGUUUAUAAACUGUUGUAAUAAGACGAUUUACAGGACAGUUUGGCCCAAAACAUCUCAUCAUAUUAAACUUGUAUUUUACGACUUUACUGUUGUGAAAUUACAAACCACAUUGGAUCAUUUUACCUUCUGCUGUUUGUCACGGUCAAUUCAAGGCUGUUCACUUAGUUUCACUGUAGACUUGUUAUAAGUGACUUUAUGCUGAUGAGCUUUUCCAGUGACAAACACAGAGCCAGAGCUGCGUUUGAGAAUAAAAGGAUCAAACUGAAGCGUGUCUGUCUCUCGGUGGAUCUGAGGCGUUUAUGGACCUUUAUACCUGGUGCUGUACUGUUUUUCUAGUUUUUCGUAAUAAACUUUGAACUGUAGACUUUAAGCAUAUCCUUAAUCUUCUGCUGCAGCUAAGACAUGGUGCUCACUGCCUUUGGACCUGCACAACCGCAAAGCCACAUGGGAAAUGUAGUUUACCCCUGUCAAUAAUAUACUUAAGAUGGCUACUUUUUCUACUUUUGACCAAUAAGAUUUUACUGUAACGACUGCGCUGAAAAUCCUCAAAAAUCAAUGGUGCGUCAACUCACGGUUCUACUUUUUAUAACUAUUUGUGCUGUUUUAUCGACAUUAUAAAGCACUUUUUGAUAUGUACACUUUCUUUAAAGGGCCUGUGUUACGCCAUUCUCUGAUCUCUGCUCUAAUGUUGUUCCCUCAUCACACACACACCUGGAGCUGUGUUUUGUUUCAGUCACACGUUUAACACACAAACCCUUCUUCUCUCACACUGAAAACACCCUGUUCCACCUUGUGAUGUCAUGAGGUAAUACAGGAAGUGCUCCACUGUGUUUUUAAAUACAUCUGCACUAGAAUCACUUGGAUCAUUUGUGCCCUGGAAUUGCCAGUCUCUAUAUAGUUGUCUCUAAAUAGUUUGCAAAGAAGUGAAGUUGUAACUACAUUUUAGGUGUUUCAGAUGUAUUAAUUAUUAUUAAGCCUGAAAAUGCAGAUUGUAUGCUCCAUUUCCUGUUUAUUUUCCAAGCUGCAUCUGCGCUUUUUUUUCUGCUCUAUUAACCCGAGCAACUUGAUGUAUAAAGAAAAGACAAUAUGAAACACAAAAGGACAUUUUGAUCAAGAUAAAUGUUGAAUUUGAGUGUCCAGAUCAUGUCAUUCUGCUCAUUGUUCCCUACUGAAAGAUUCAAUCAUUUUAUUAACUGUUAUUAAUAAUAUUAGGUCACAGUGACAUACAAUGUAAUUUAAUAUUUAAUUAAAACAAUUUGGUUAAAAACAAUAAAAAAUGUUAAUUGAAUGUGCAGAAAUUCAGAGAAUUGCAUCUAAAAAAAUUUAAUUAUAAUUAAGUAGGUGUAUAACUUUUUUUAAAAUU